UUACUUAACCACAAAUUCAUUAUUAUUCCUUAGACGUGUCCUUUACGUAGUUAGGUUUCAUACAGGUCUAUUUUUCUUGGUACAUUGUUUAUAAGAAUUUCAACUUUCACUGUUGAUAUUACGCCAGGUUUGACUAUUAGCAGAAGGGGUGGGGUCGGUUGGGACAGGGAGGGGGGGGAUGAGGUUAGAGGAAAAGCUAACGAUGGUUUCCCUUCUUUUAAAUUAUAUACACAAACUGCACUUAUACUUGUUUUCAAAUGCAUUGCAUAUAAAACAAAAGGAUUUAGUUGUUAUUCGAUUACGGUAUUAGAAACGUUUUGUUCCAAAAUUGCGGCCAUAUUGUUUUUGGAAAAAGUAGUAUUGUGUGUUUGUGUUAUAAGGGUCUUUUUUUUUGUUUUUGUAUUUUUUUUUUUAAGAAAUGAAUUUGUUUAUUCGUACGAUAAUAUUAUGGACGUUAUUAUUGAUAAUUAAUAAUGGGAAUAAUAAAUUGUUAGUUCAUGCAACUUCUGGACUGUUGAUCAAUCUUUUACAAAAUAACAUUGCUGGAUUACCUGUUAUACAUCAAAGAACUGAAUGGAAUUUUGAUCCAGAAGUUGGAAAACAAAGAAGAAUCGAUUACGUGGAAACCAAUGGUUUUCGUGGUGAAAAAGCUAUAGCCAAAUUGGGUAUGGGAAUUGGAUAUUCUGGACCAUGGGGUACACCUACUAAUAAAAAUUGAAAGGAAUUGAUUAAAACGUUCAAUUAUUUAAAAAAAAA